UUUACUUAAAUAGUAAUAAAACCCAUAGUCAUGAGGUGGAUGAUUCGUUUGGUAGAUUUGAAAGUCAUGUGUAAUAUUUUGUACAUAUUGGUUUGCAUAAGUUUGACACUUGGAACAGUAAAAGGUGAGGAAUGUCCUACACGUGGUACGUCAAAACAGAUGCGAUGUAAGAAUGGUAAUUGUAUACCAAUAGAAUGGAAAUGUGACGGAGAAAGAGAUUGUGGACCAAAUGAUAAUACGGAUGAAGCUAAUUGUAAACUUUCAGCUGAUAACUGUAAAAAGAUUCCCGGGAGAUAUUUCCGAUGUGAGCGAUCUGGUUCCUGUAUUCCUCAGCAAUGGCGAUGUGAUGGAGACACUGACUGUGGACCAGGUGACAGAACAGAUGAACAAAAUUGUAGUGAAUUAUUAGGAGAAUGCAGUCAAACAUCCUUCAAGUGUGACAUCGAUAAGUGUAUACCAAGUAUAUGGCAAUGUGAUGGACGCCAUGACUGUCGGGAUCACAGUGAUGAACACGACUGUUUUGUUGAAGCGAAAGAUGCGUGCGACGCUAAAACCAGCUUCCGUUGUUCUGUCAGUAAAGACUGCAUAUAUAAAGGAUGGAAGUGUGAUGGUGAAUUUGAUUGUGGAGCAGACGAUACGUCAGAUGAGAAUGACUGUGAAGCAGAUUUUUGCAGUUAUAAAGAAUAUGAAUGUAAAUCUGGAGAGUGCAUCCCUUUAAAUUGGACAUGUGAUAAUGAAUACGAUUGUUCUGAUGGAUCAGAUGAAAAUGAGGCUAUCUGCUCACUCUGAAUUAACUCUUUUCUUACAUAUAAUUUAAUAAAAAAAA